AUGGACUCGAAAUACUGGGGCCCACCUGCGUGGGUGUUUCUUAAAUCGAUUGCAAUGGGUUACACCCUUCAGUACGAUGCGUUAAUAAAGGACAUUCGUGACCUACCAUACGACGAGCAGGCCGCACGCGUGCAGGGGUUGCAGGAGGAUUACUAUGAUUUCUUUAUUUCACUGGCAAAGGUCCUCCCUUGCAAGUGGUGCAGAAAGUCGUAUCCAGCCUUCUUAAAGAGAGUGCUCGAGGUUGGGUUCCGGGAUUUGCCAUCGGAGGGCAACCCGUAUCCGCUGCUCUACAUGGUCUAUCUGCUCAAGGAUAUGGUCAACCACAAGCUGGCCAAGCAAGGGAGAGAGGCAAUCCGUGACGCCGGUCCGGACGCUGAGCACCAUCACAAAUACAGAGAGUGGGUGGGCUGUAUCCGGAAGGAACAGAGUCCACCGUACGAGGAAGUCAUUCAAGAGAUGCUCGAGCACUUGGCGUGA